CAGGUUUGGUAUGAUAACGUGUUAUAUACCUCAUUAGUUUGAAACUUUUUUUUUAUUAUUAAGGACACCUGUAAAAAAAUAUUUUUUAAAAUAAUAUGAUUAGGUAUUCGUUGUUGAAAGUGGCAAAUUUCCGACAGGUUCGUCCAAGGAAUAUUUUACCAUUUUUGCAAAAAAAUGAAUUGCUGUACGUUAAACGGCAAUGUAGCCCUUCAGCAGUUUAUUUUCAAUCAAGAAAUUAUUGUAAAAAAAAGGAUGGUGGUAGCGAAGAUGGAGAUGGUAAACCGCCACCUCAUCCGCCACUUUCUUCAUACGAUAAUGAGGAUGGAAAAGAUCACACUCAGACAACUUUACCGGCUUCAGUCGUCGUACCAGAGGUCUGGCCGCAAGUGCCUCUCAUUGCCAUCAACAGGAACCCAGUAUUUCCCAGGUUCAUCAAACUUAUUGAGAUAACACAUCCAGAUUUAAUAGAACUGAUAAGAAGAAAAGUACGGCUGAAUCAACCGUAUGCUGGUAUUUUCUUAAAAAAGAAUGAAGAGAAUGAAAAACAGGCCAUUACUAAUAUCGAUGAGGUGUAUAAAGUUGGAACGUUUGCACAAAUACACGAAAUGCAGGAUUUGGGCGAUCGCCUGCGCUUGGUUGUCAUGUCGCAUAGAAGGAUUCGUUUAUUAGCACCAAUUUUCGAAGAAAUUGAACAAACCGAAAAUGUUACAGAAUCUAGAAGAAAAAGGACUGCAAGAAAACUCAAGGAGCUUGGCCUUAAUACAGACAAAGCCAAACAGGAAGAGCCUGAUCAAGAAUCUAGAACGAGCACUAAAUCGCAGACAAUACUCAUGGUUGAAGUUGAAAAUGUACAGCAUGAAAAAUUUAAAACAACCGAGGAAAUUAAAGCAUUGACUCAAGAAGUCAUCAAAACAAUUAAGGAUAUAAUUAGCCUAAAUCCAUUGUAUAGAGACACUUUGCAGCAGAUGUUACACCAAGGGCAGAGAGUAGUCGAUAAUCCUGUUUAUUUAUCAGACCUAGGUGCUGCUCUUACUGGAGCUGAACCUGCUGAACUUCAAGCUGUUUUGGAGGAAGUAGAUGUGCCCAAAAGACUGAUGCUUUCUUUAGCCCUUCUAAAAAAAGAAUUAGAGUUAAGCCGCCUUCAACAGAAAAUUGGCAGAGAAGUCGAAGAAAAAGUAAAACAGCAACACAGGAAGUAUAUACUUCACGAACAGCUGAAAGUAAUUAAAAAAGAACUCGGCCUGGAGAAAGAUGACAAAGAUGCAAUUGAAGAAAAGUUCAGGGAAAGAAUCAAGGAUAAAAAUGUACCAAAAAAUGUCAUGGAAGUGUUGAAUGAAGAACUUAAUAAAUUGGGAUUUUUAGAAAGUCAUUCUUCAGAAUUUAAUGUGACACGGAAUUAUUUAGAUUGGUUGACCUCGCUUCCCUGGGGUUUGACGAGUUCUGAAAAUUUAGAUUUGUGUCAGGCUGUUAAAAUAUUGGAUGAGGAUCAUUAUGGAAUGGAUGAUGUGAAAAAAAGAGUUCUGGAAUUCAUUGCUGUAAGCCAGUUAAAAGGCAGUACACAAGGCAAAAUAUUAUGUUUCUAUGGCCCACCUGGUGUUGGCAAGACUAGCAUAGCAAAGUCGAUAGCAAGAGCUCUUAACAGAGAGUAUUUCAGAUUCAGUGUAGGUGGCAUGACUGAUGUCGCGGAAAUCAAGGGACAUAGAAGGACCUACGUUGGAGCAAUGCCUGGUAAAGUAAUUCAAUGCUUGAAGAAAACAAAAACUGAAAAUCCUCUAAUUCUUAUUGAUGAAGUUGAUAAGAUAGGAAAGGGAUUUCAAGGUGAUCCGGCAUCAGCUUUGUUAGAAAUGUUGGAUCCUGAACAAAAUGCAAACUUCCUUGAUCAUUAUUUAGACGUACCGGUCGAUUUGUCAAAGGUACUUUUUAUAUGUACAGCAAAUGUGACUGAUACAAUUCCAGAACCGCUACGUGAUAGAAUGGAAAUGAUUGAUGUGUCUGGGUACAUAGCGGAAGAAAAAUUGGCAAUCGCUAAACAGUACCUUUUGCCACAAGCAAUGAGGGAAUCAGGACUUUCUAAAGAACAGAUUAAUUUAGAAGAUGAUGCUUUAAACCAAAUCAUUAAGUUUUACUGUAGGGAAAGUGGUGUCAGAAAUUUGCAAAAACACAUAGAAAAGGUUGCUAGAAAAGUUGCUUUUAAAGUGGUAAAAAAAGAAUCAGAGAAGAUAGUAGUAACAAAAGACAAUUUGGAGGAGUUCGUUGGAAAGCCGAUGUUUUCUCAUGCUAGAAUGUACGAAAUAAUGCCAGUUGGUGUUGUUAUGGGACUUGCAUGGACGGCCAUGGGUGGCUCCACUUUUUACAUAGAAACGGCGCUAAGUAAAUUGCCAACAUUCGACAAGGACAAACCUGAACAUAAAUCUGAUGGGUCGCUUGAACUGACUGGCCAUUUAGGAGAUGUUAUGAAAGAAUCGGCAAGAAUCGCUCUUACUGUCGCCAAAAAUUACUUGCUUCAAGUAGACCCAACAAACAGGUUCCUACUGACAAAUCAUAUCCACUUGCACAUACCUGAGGUAAGUUCUUUUAAACAUCAAUUAUCAUAUCAUGUAUAUAUUGUGCUGCAGCUGAAACCCGUUUAUCCGGACCCUGAUUUCGGACUUCUGGAUUAUCCAGUCCUGUUUGUUAAAAUAAUUUUUAUAAAUUUUUCAUAAUUCUCAAUGUAUGUA